AUGGAGGCGGUGACGGAGCACUUGCAAGCACUGGUCGAAGCGUGUGUGGCCGUCAGUGCUGCUGCAGCAAUCUCCACUCCGGCCGGGGACGCUGCUGCGGCUCGAGUGCACAGCGUCGAUGCGUCUCUGGGUUUACCCCCAGAACAUCUCGAGUAUUGGGACGUGUUGUGCGACGACUCGCUGCCAUUGGUCGAAGACCUGGCGCUGCUCCUGGCGAGCACCAAUGUGUCGACCAGUAAGAUGCUAAGUCUGCUGCGCGUGAUACUCGUGCACGCAUCGUUUCAUUGCGCUGGACUCGUGCGAUUGGUCCAACUGACGUUCCACGGGUUCAAGUUGACUAAGCGCUGGGACGUGCUGAGCGCUGUUUCGAGCGAGUUACUGGAUGCGAUCUAUGCGAAGAUACUGCAGAGCGAUACCCGGGUACAAGCGUUUCGUUUCUAUGUUGACGUGCUUGGCGGGUUCCAGCAUUCGGCUGAGCUGUUGACGGCAAAUGUGACGAAACUUAUUCAAUUGGCGAAACUAUUUAGCACGGAAGACAAUGAACAAAAUAGGGAGAUGGCGCAUUUAUUAUUGGUGCUGUGUGCUGCGCUGGAGCACUGUCAUCGAGGCUAUGAAGCAGAAGCUAUGGCGCUCCGCCGAGCGAUGCGAGUAUAUUUUGGAUCCCGCGUCGUCCGCCCUACAGCUGCCGAAGCUGAAAGACUGCUGCGAGCUAGUGCGUGGGUGCUUCCAGCGGAGAAGCUGGAUGCUAUGCUGCCUUCUAUUGAGGGAAAAUGGGUCGCAGACGAGUUCACGAGUGAUCAACAUUGUAAUGGAGGACCUCACCAAAAUGCAGGCUCAGUGUUGCUAAAAAAGACGACGAACUGUUUUGCAUACGAAGUGCGGGCGACGAUCACAGACCCCAACCACAAGUUUGAAUUGACCGGGUCUUUAUUCCAGCGAAUGCCAGAGAUGCAGGUGCUGCUGUCACAUUCCGAUACGAUGGCGGCAUCAACGUGGGAUUUCGAGGGACAUUGGCGAGAGUUGAAUGAAGAGAUCACUCCUGCAGCGUCAGCUGCACCGGUGGCUACGAUACCAGCUCCGACCUGGAAUUGUCGGGCGUGCACGAUGAACAAUGAAGGCUCUUUGGCAAUAUGCUCAACGUGCGGGACAAGGCGACCGGUAGAAGCUGCUGCAUUAGUAGUCACUAGCAGUGGCAAAGGUAACAAUCCUGCACCAUUUUCGGCAGUGCUUAGCGCAGAUAUGUCAUUUAUGCGCAUGAAGUGGUCGCGCGGGGAGCAACAAGGAGUUUGGCUUGCACGAAAGCAGACUGUCGAAACCGCUUUUGAUCUUGCGACUUCGCUCGCGGCUGGAAGUGACGCAAUGACGGACACUACUUGCUUGCCAGCUUUUGUUUUUUCUCCUGAAGGCGUCCCAGCGAAUAUCUUAGUACUAGAGCGACCCAUUCUAUCCACAUCAGACCACACCGAGUUUACUGUUCAAGUGUGGAUUCGCCCGCAGCACGCGCCGCCAGAGAUUGAAGCUCAAGUGGUGAUUGCUAAUGGUCAUGACUUCGAGUUGUUACUAACAAGUGCAGGACGCCUGGUGUGGCACCUCGCUGGAGGACGCUUUACAGUGACUUCCCGUGACGUGGUGCAGUUUGGCGUGUUUUGCCACGUGACACUUUCGUUUGGCCAUGAUACGAUGGGUCUCCUGGUCAAUGGCUCGAUGGCAGGUGAGACCAUAAGACCAGACGAGACACACCAUUCUGUAGUAGGAGUGUCGUUGCUGACUAUCGGUGGCAGCAUCGAAAACUGCGAUUUGACCAAAAACGGAAACGCGCGAAGUUGUUUCUAUGGACAAAUGCUUGAUUUGCGCAUCUAUUCGACACUUCUUAUGAACGACGAGGAAACGUGGAGUAUACGGAAUGCCUUAUCUGGUCGGGAGGAACAUCUCGUGGGAUAUUUUCCAUUCGUUGGUGAUUCAGAGCGACUGUUGAUGGAUCUGUCGAGCCAGCAAAACCAUGCAUGUGUCGUAGAGGGAUACCAGUUGUACGACUCUGUUCAUCAUGCAACGAUCCCAUCGGUCCGUAAUUUUGCCCCUGUCACUCCAGUACAUGCUAUUCCCGUGGAAAAUACACUUGCCAUUUCCCUGGGAAUCGACUUUAUUGGCUGUGGCAAGUUUUCUUUUUCUGAAGGCUGUCGGGGACUUGACAUCGACUGCGGACAUUCUGGAGCUACUUUAUGGCGUCAAAAUGCUGUGUCCAUCGCGUGUGGCUUUCAGUCUUUCUUUUCACUUGCACCGCCGGUCUCAGCAGAGACGCCUUCUUCGCGCAGAACCGUUUUAUUCGCGCUGUGUGAAACCACAUUUUGGAAUCUCGUUCCGCUGUUGUCUGAAGCAAUUAUUCUACCGCAUGUUGCUAGUGACGGUGGAAAUGUGUCACCCUUCUUGUUCGAUGGCUCUGCAAUGUUACUUAGCGUUAGCUCAGAUGUCGUAGCUCCGGGCAUUCUAAUGUACGAACUGGGUCUGUACAUUUGGUCCGGAAAGCAGGGUCAUCCGUUGUCGCGCGUAUAUCGCGUCGCUGGAAACUCUUCUACUUCCCCGUCAGACGUCCAAAUCAAAUACGGGCUGCCAGAGCGUGCGUUAUCAGUUGCCAUCGGCGGCGUCGGCAUUGUCUUUGAAGUGGCGUUGGAUCUUGAGCUUGCGCUUCGUGUGGAGCCAGGCAGUCCAGUUCGUGUAGGUUUGAUUUUCCCUGCGAGCAAGGAUUCCAUUAGCCAGCGAAGCUCAAGUAGACUGACUAAGUGGACGUUUGGAUCGUCGCUAAAUACUAGUUUGCCCAAAGACGCUGCAAACUCCAUUCUGGGAAAUGUGUACUCUUCACUUCGACCAAAAGGCUCAGAUGGCGACAGAGAUCACAUCAAUGGUGCGGACAGUACCAUUCUGUGCACCCGUAUGAGCACGGAUGGAAGCGCGGUCGCACAGCAAUCGUAUGGGUGUCAGACGUGCAACUUGGUACACGGCAAUAGCGUUUGUCGGUUUUGUGCUGUCAUUUGUCACGAGAGCCAUGAGCUUGUUGCGCUGGGUGUAACAACAACAGCUUGCGCUUGUCGUGUCCGUGGUAAUGGCCUUUGUCGAUGCAACAGUGCUGUUCAAGCCUCCGAUUUCCCCAUGCUCACAGAGCCAGUGAAUGCUUCUCUAUGGGGCUGCAGCAAAUGCACCGUGAUCAAUAGCAGAGAUCAAAAGCAAUGCAGUGUAUGUGGCAACAAUGCACCCGAGCAGGAUGCUUGUUCCACGUCUGCGGUACCGGAGCCCACCUUUUCGGCAUCAGCGCCAGUCGAGCAACCAACCCCUGCAGUCGCCUGGUCAUGUGACGCCUGCACAAUGUUGAAUGAAGCAAAUGACACGAAGUGCUCCGUUUGCGAUACCUUGCGGACUAAGCAAGCUGAUCCUGUAGCUGCCGAAACUUACGACAAGAACAAAACCGGUGAAGGACUCACGACCCUCUACUACGCAGCUGGCGAUGCUGUCAAGCAGGACCAUCCGAUGGCGAUGCAGCCAACUUGUUCGUGGAUUUGCUCUGCGUGCACGAUGGAAAAUAAGACCUUGGACACAACGUGCCACAUGUGUGGGACGGUACGAGAAGUCCCGGUUGCCACUGCUGUCGACUCUCCAGAGGUGAUGAUGGCUCUACCUGCUCCUAAAAUUGAUGAUACGUCUGCGUCCACUCCGGCGGGCAUGGAUACAGAUAUGUGCGGGGGUGAUCGGGCGAUCACUUCUGGAUCCGUCGUGACUACGCAACCUGCAAAGAUCGAAAACAUGAAAAUUCUGGAUGAAUACAAGCGCACAACAGCUACUGCAUUCGAUCGCUUGCUAGAAGUGGAACGCAUAAACGAUUCGGUGUGGGAAACUACUGGAGGCAAAAUGCACGUUGUACUUGGCAAUAGUUUUGUAGGUGAAUAUAUCUGCGGAACAUACUUGGCGAGGGAUGGAACACUGAGUGGACUUGCUCGAGCGACGGAAGAGGGAAGCUGGAAAUUGGACGGUCGAUUUAAGAAAGCGAGUCAGUCUCAGUCCAACGCGUGCGUGCUUUCCUGGAACAAAACAGCUUCCCGCUUUGACGGAAAAUGGUAUCGGGGCGAUGGGUCGGGCGACUGGAAGUGCCUUGCAUCACCGUAUACAUCUGAUUUCCGUGGUUUAGCCUGCGCUGACGCAGUGAAAAAGCCAACGGAGUAUCAACCGUACUAUACAGGCAUGGUGAAUAUGAAGCAGAAUUUGUCCAAUGUCUGCUACCAGAACAGCUUCCUUCAGACUCUUUACAUGACCCAGGAUUUCCGUCGCUUCAUCAUGUCGUGUGAUGCAAAAAACUAUGCAGUACCGAACACGGAAAACGGGUCAACGAGUGGUGGAAACGUUGUGGCAGCAGUUCAAGAUCUUUUUGCUCAGAUGACGGCUUCGCAGAGACCCUUUGUGGCAACGCACGCCCUUCAACAAUGUUUGCCCGCUGAGUUCAAGAAUGGGCGUCAGCAAGACACAUCGGACUUUGCGCAUUUCCUAAUUGAUUCCCUCAGCCAGCGGCUGAGUCAGCAUCAAGCCGCUCCGGACGAGAUUCCAUCGAUCUUCGGUGGCCACCAAGCAACGAUUCUAGCGUGCAAGACAUGCGGCAAGAAAUCUGUAAAUCGGGAAUACUUUUGGGAAUUGUUGUUGAACAUGAUCGAUCUUCGGUACACGCCUAUCACUAGCAUUUCUGCUGUAAGUGGAUCUGCGAUGGACAUUCGAACUCCGGACGGCUACGAACGUUUAAACGCUGACUUGAACAAGGAUCGCACGGGUGCACCGUACGUUUACCUGUGCGUACAGAGAUGUCCGGAACGGGUCAUUUCUGGUACUUCGAUGGAAGAUGAAGGUGACCGGGUCAUGGCUAUAACGGAACUGGUGGUAAGGGUGGCACUAAGCACCGAUCCAAAGCCCUCCUUGCCCGGGUUCGAGCGUGUGGAACUAGAUCUGAAUGUUGGUGGUAGCACUACUUCUGGAUCGAAGAAACAAGUGUAUUUGUUAUUUCGCCGCGAGCCGAACGGAUCGCCGAUCACUGACUUGCAAAUAAUGUAUGGCAACGAGUCGAUCCCCGAUGGCUUCAAGCAAAUCCAGGUGGACCUGAACCAGGGCGAGGGCUCGAAGGUGUACUUGUGCUAUCGUUGUGACAUGCCCAUCACGGAUUUAAAAAUCGUGAACAGUGGAAUUCCUGGGUACCGAAUGGUGGACCAUCUACUCAAUGUUGGUCAUGAAGAUGUGGUGAAGCAGUACCUUGCGCUAAAAGUCGGAGGCCAUGAACCCUGCUUGACGGAUUUGAAACUCGUGCAAGGUUCGGAUGUGUCUGCAUAUGAGGAGCAAGGAUGGCAGUCAAUUGGGAGCCCUUUUGCUUCAGCGGCUUCCGCGGAUCCUGCGUUGGAUGGAAGGCCGUUCGUGCCAGCACAACUAGUUGUUCGCCGCGGCCACGGCAACCCCAUUUUCGCUAUUGAUGUGUUCCGCGCGCCCCGUCAAGUGCCUAAGUACAAGGACUACGAGAUAAUCGAGCUUUCCCCAGCUGAAAGCUCUUGUACGGAUCUCGUCACUCGACUAAAAGGAGACUGGGUGGGGACUGAAGAAACAGAGCGCGAGCGAAAAGGGGUGCGGAUACGCUCUGUGUCUGAACCGAUACUGGAUGCGCUGCUUGUGAAGGGAUGUGUGGACGAUAAGGGCGAACUGUGUUGCAUCGUGCUGCGCGUUUCGACAUGGGCAGAUCCUAUUGCACGAGAGUCUGCUCCUGGUGCAGAACCUGGUGUACCCAUCGACCUGACUUCCAGCGAAACUAGGGAUAGCUAUGCUACUCCAUGCACUUAUCGUGUUUCUGGUUAUUGGAAAAAUUUGAAUGUGCCGAGUCCUCAACUCGUUGACGUGGAGCUACGACCUGCUGCUAUCGGUGUAAGUGGCGCUCCAACUACUCCCAGUGACAUGUUGUCAUCACUAGGAGCACCAGCACAGUCGUUUUUAAUGAGUGGAAUCAUCGGGGAUGGAAAAGGAAGCCUCAUUGCGAUUCAAGGCGUUCAGAGGUCGCAAAAGGUAGACAUCAAGUGGCCAAUCUGUGAGAUCAUGGUGUUGCGCGGUGAUGAGUGCGUUCCUGAAGGUGUCGAGGUUGUUCGAACGACAUGUUCUGGUCGAUCAGGGAAUUUGCUGGCUCAGACAGCGUCACCUCGCACGUUGUACUUGGCGUUCAAACGUGAGGAGGAGCCGGCUAACGGCUACAUUACAGACGUUUGCGUAAUCUAUGGCGAGAUUGAUGCUGUUCCAGAACACUACACAUGCAUUCAUACGACGCCUGCGGGGCAUUCGGCCAACGUGAACGAUGGCACACUGGGCGUGCCUAUUUUCAUCUGUUUCAAACAGAGUGGAAGUACAACCGCAGUCAGCGAUGAAGGUGUUGCACCCAAGAGUUUGAUGGAUCUCGCGUUGAUGUGGACAUCGGGUGUUGAAUCAGACGAUGUUCCUGCCGGGUUUACGAAGAUCCAGCACACCCCUCUUGGUAUGGAAGCAAAUUUGAAUCAAGGCACUUGUGGCGUGGCAAUUCACAUUUGCCAAUCGAAAAGCGAGACAAGAGACAUUGUCAAGCCGCUGGACAACCCUCUGAAUGGGGAAUACGAGAUCACGAGCUCCCUUUUGCCGGCGUUUGGACGGUUCCUCACUCUGUCGGUCGUAGAGAAACUCGAAGACGCGCGUUUGGUAGAGGGCAGUUUCGGCGCCGUGCUACAUGCUCAGUUUACUGGAUCGAUGCGUGGUAUUUUGUUUUCGUCGAAGCACCAGCAGACAGGAGGUACCAGGAAACGCACGCUUGUUGGCGCGUGGAGGACCGAGAGCUCGUUGGCUAACGGCGUAGGCGCAAGUGCGAAUGACUUUUUGCCUCUGAGCUAUCCAUUCGAGUGGACUCUGAACGAGACAUGGACUGAACUGGACGGAUGGUGGAGUGGCGCAGGGAGUAUCCCACCGACUGAUGGUAACCCCAUUGUGUCUAUUUCUGCUAGCGCGACUUCCAGCAAUGCAGCAGUGGCUGGACUGCCUCGUGCUCUCACUGGCGGCAAGUGGAAACUCAUCAAAGACUCCUACGUGCACGUGGCAUUCAAGAAAGACUACAGCACCGAGUGGCAGGACGGCCAGCUUGUGUUCUCCGAGCGCGUGUGGCGUCACGACAUUGCGUCGAUGUUGUCGCGCUUUGUCGCCACGCGCACGUUGGGCGGUGACAACGCGCUCUCAUGUAGUGUGUGUGAGCGCAAGACCGAGUGGCGGACGCACACAGUGAUCGAUGAGCCGCCCGAGCACCUCAUCAUAACGCUGAAGCGCAUGUACUACGAUUGGAACCAGCAGAAAGCGUGCAAAUGUCUGCACGACGUGCAGUUCCCUGCACUGUUGACGCUGCCGUCGCUCACGUCCGAGGAAGAGCUUGCCGUGUAUACGUCAGAAACGGACGACUCAGCACGCGCAAAGCAGCAGCACCCGUCGCGUCACUAUGGUCUCUAUGGCGUGCUCGUGCACUCUGGGCUUACCGCUAGCUCUGGGCACUACUACAGCUUCUGCCGCGAGAGCGACGAUAGCACUUGCCAGCUGCAUUUGGAGGAUUCGCCUCUUUCUCCGUGGAUCAAGUUCAACGACACGAAGGUCGAGCACUCGAGCUGGAGAGAGAUCAAUCGACUCGUGGCUAGCACCGUGUCGGACACUGUGUAUCUGCUGCUCUACAAGAGACUGUCGUACGAGCCGUCACAUCGAAACAGCGAGGGAAGUCAGGAUGCAGGAGCGAUCGAGAGUGGGAAUGCGGACGACGAGGAAGCCAUGUUGCUUGCCAAGGCUAUGGCGCUGUCCAUGUCGGCGGCUCGACACGACCAACAGCGGCAUACUGAAGAGGAAGAAACCAAAGGAGAUCCCGAUGCUGUUUGUGACCUGAAUGGUGACGACGGAGCUCCUCGAUUGACUGGCACGUUGACCAAGGUAGUCCUCAAAAAGGUAGAGGACGAGAACGCAGCCUAUCUGCACGAUAUGGCAGCUGCAAGCUCCAGCGCGCUCCAUGCGGACGAUAUACACACGCUACUGGUGCUACGCCACUCACUGCCGGUGCGUCUACGUGCGCUAUUGGACAGAGUGUGCUAG